AUGGACAAAGUGAACAGAGCACGCCGGCAGGUGGGAGUAUGGCGGACCACAGCCGUCAUUCUGGGAAUUACUACUUUAGGUCUGGUAGUGGCGGUGGUGUUUCUGGCCACUAGAGAACGAACUCAGCCAUCACAGAGCAUCCCAACAUGUGGUGCCACAGCAAGUGCCAGGAAGAACCCCAACUCAGUGGAUUUAAGCGAACCUAGCAGGCCUGGCCCGUUCCAUGACCUGACCAAACACGAGAUGAGACAACUGAGGACCUUUCUGGAGAAGCACCCGACCAUUCACGCCGUUCCAGCUGAAUCUGCAACAGUCAACCAGAGUUAUAUCUACAUGAUGGAUUUGUUUCCGGCCAACAAGUCCGAUGUCCUGGCCUACCUGGACGGCGGGAAACCUCAACCGUCGCGUCUGGCUCGAGUGAUCAUGUAUCGAGGCGAUCUGGAGCCUCCAGUGGUGGAGGAGUACGCCUGUGGUCCCCUGCCGGAUGUCCAAAACUGCGACCUCAUUAUCUCGGACAAAAGACGCAACCCAAUCGAGUUCUCGCUGCGACCCAUCGGUCUCUUAGAGUACAAGGCUAUCUUCGAGACGGUCCUCACUGAGGUGGACGCUAAGAUUGGGUACAUCCUCCGAGAGAGUUAUGGGACCUCGUAUAUCGACUGCAAGCCCAGCGACUGUUUCAAGUUCUACCCGUCUCCCGUGGCAACCAACUUGGUCAAGGACAUCAACAAGCGACGCCUCUGGCUCUGGGCCGAUUACCCAGUGGAAUAUUAUGUACUCCACCCUGUGGAUUUCGGAGUCCUGGCUCAGCUGGAUGGAUCCAAUCCCAAAAACUUCGUGAUUGAUAAGCUGUGGUAUCACGGCAAACUCUACAAUAGCGUCGAUGAGCUUAUUGUGUUUUACAACUCCAGCGGACCCAGUGAGAAGUCACAUAUUUCUAGACACACUUACAACCCCAGUGUUUUCUCCUCUCUAAACCUGAGAGGUAGCCCACAGCCUGAGGAGCCUCUUCGGCCACCCACACAGGUUGAACCGGAUGGAAAGAGGUACUCUCUGAAAGACAGAAAGGUAACUUACCUUGGGUGGAGCUUCAACUUCCGCAUGUCUGCACUCACGGGACCAUCGCUGUAUGAUAUCCGUUUCAAGGGCGAGAGAAUUGCCUAUGAGCUUGGACUCGCAGAGAUUGCUGUUUUCUAUUCUGGAUAUAACUCCUUGCAUCGAAUCACAGACUUUGUAGACUCCGGAGCUCUGAUUGGUACUCACUCCAAGUCUCUAGUCCCAGGAGGCGACUGUCCGGAAUCAGCGACCUUCAUCAACCAGACAUUUUCAGGUCAAGCAGUUGAUGAACCUGUAGAGUUGGUACGAUCAUUCUGUCUGUUUGAGAACAACAAUGGCUACCCCUUGAGACGACAUCUGUCCUACUCACAUUAUGAGGGAGCCUUCUACGGUGGCAUGCUGGACUCUGUGCUGACCCUCAGAAGUGUGGUCACUGUGGUCAACUAUGACUAUGUGUUUGACUUCAUGUUUCACCAGAACGGUGUGGUGGAGACUAGAGUGAUGAGCACAGGGUAUAUUUUCCCUUCGUUUUACACAAGAGAAGAGUCUCCCUACGGUUUUAAAAUUGAGGACAAUAUUAUAGGCAACAUCCAUCACCACCUGUUCCACUUUAAGGCUGACAUUGACAUUCAUGGCACCAGCAACAGGUAUGAAAUACUCAACAUCAGCGCCGAGACAGUUGAGCUUAGACAGCAACCUGGACAGAACUACCAUCAGAUCCGCUAUGACAAGAUUCUCAAACAGACUGAGAAGGAUGCACUUUAUAAGUUUAACUUUGAAACACCCAAAUACCACGUAGUGCACAAUGAGGCCAGGAAAACCAAUUUUGAUGAAAUCAAAGCUUUCAGGAUCGCAUUGAAUGGAAUGUCGAAGCAGCUGCUGCCCGAAGGAGUGGACAAUGAAGUGGCUUUGCCCUGGGCACGCCAUCAACUGGUGGUCACCAAACACAAGGACAAUGAGCAGGUGUCCAGUUCUCCUUAUGCCAUGUGGGACAGUUUCAACCCAGUCACGGACUUCACCAAGUUCUAUGAGGAUGAUGAGAAUAUUGUUGAUCAGGAUCUAGUUUUUUGGAUUAACCUUGGCCUACACCACAUCCCACAUACAGAAGACCUUCCUCUGACACCCACACCAGGCAACCAUCUGACAUUUUUCCUGCUGCCAUACAACUACUUCACAGAAUGUCCAUCUGUUGUCUCCAGAGACCACAUUCGAAUUCAGCACAAAGACACAGACAAGCCGGAGCUAGGAGUGCAAGUAGACAGGAAUGGUAACUCCUAUGAAACAUGUUCCCUUCCGUCUGUAGCUCAGCAGUAUGAGGAGUUGCUAGAAGAGAACCCAGAUGUUGUCCUCCAGUCCAGAAAAGAUAUGGGCAUUUUCUAA